CUCAACCAGUGGCCUGAUUUACUGCUAUCUUCACACCUGCCAGCUUGCCCUUAUUCAACCAUUGUCCAUUCGCAAACUACUGGAGCUGGCCUUCGCCCUGCGUCCUUCGCGCCGUCUCAUCGCCGCUCGACCUGCAUUGACACCACUUUGUUCUCAAUCCAGUAUCUCGACACUUGACUCCAAUCGGCUAGUUGAACAUGGACUGACUAUUUUCGCCUCUAAAGCUGACAUGCUUUGGGAUUACUUCACUUUGCGAGUGAUCGCCGACAGCUCAGAUAAUGAAGCAAAAAGCGACAUAUACCUAGCCGGCGUCCCACUUCUGCUGAACAGGUUUGUAUCUACAUCACUUAUUUUUGAGCCCCCCGCUUAUCAAAUACAACUAAAAUAUGUCACACUAAGUCGUAAGCUUUGA